AUGCAGCUGCGCUGGAGCGGCCACCUGGUGCGCAUGGACGACGAGCGACAACCCAAACGACUCUUCUACGGAGACGUCGCGACGGGUUCUCGUCGUCAAGGAGGCCAAAUUCGCCGUUACAAGGAUACCUUGAAGUCCUCCCUGAAGCGCCUGCAAAUCAACCCGACCAACUGGGAAGAGCUCGCUCGCGAUCGUACGACAUGGAGGGGAACAGUGAAGACGGGCGCUGCUAUCUAUGAAGCCAACCGUUUCGCCGCCGCCAAAGCGAAACGCGAAGCCCGCAAAUCACAACUUCGCCCAGUCCGCAACGCCGCCGCACAACCUCCCCCUACGUGUCCUCGAUGUCAACGGACAUUCCGGGCACGAAUCGGACUUGUUGGACAUCUCCGAACCAACUGCACCUCUCGAACUGCUCCAGCCAUCGUCCCCCCGCCCGCCUUCAACAGCUGA